UGAUAGAUAUUUAUAUCAUGGUGCUUAUGUUUAUGUUUUCAAAAAAAAAUUGACUCCAAAACAAUCUUUACGGGUUAAAAUUAAUAAAGGUUAUAGGCUGUUCUAACGUACACCCACUAACCGGAAGUUAGACUUAAUCAACUUCCUGUCAGAAAUAUUAUUCAUCGACACUUCAUUGUUCAACUGUGUAUCUUGUCAAAAAUAUAGGAAGACAUAGAAAGACAACUUUCAAGAAAGUUUGUUAUAUUUGUGGAUUUUGGAAAAGAAUUUAGUAUUAAAAGGCCAUUGCAAGAAGUUAGGACAUUUGGUAUUUAAUAAAGGUUGACGCAAACGGCUUAACAAUGUCUAACAUGCCACCCAUACGCCGGACUGUGAAAAAUGUUAUUCACAACUAUUCCGAGGCACAGGUUAAAGUUAGAGAAGCAACAUCUAAUGACCCUUGGGGACCUUCCAGUACACUGAUGUCUGAAAUAGCCGAUCUUACGUACAAUGUUGUUGCAUUUACUGAAAUUAUGCAAAUGAUCUGGAAGAGACUAAACGAUCACGGUAAAAACUGGAGGCAUGUUUAUAAAUCACUCAUGCUCUUGGAUUAUAUUAUUAAAACUGGUAGUGAAAAAGUGGCGCAACAAUGUAAGGAAAAUAUAUUUGCAAUUCAAACAUUGAGAGAUUUUCAGUAUCGAGAGGAUAACAAAGAUCAAGGAAUGAAUGUAAGAGAGAAGGCAAAACAGCUGGUAGCUCUGUUAAAAGAUGAUGAGAGACUGAGAAAUGAAAGGGCCAAAGCAUUAAAAGCAAAAGAAAGGUUCGCUCAGAAUGCAAUGGGAAUUGGUAGCGAUGACAAGGUUCGUUAUGGAAGAGGAAGUCCCAGUUUGUCCACAGGAGCAGGAGGAGGUGGUUAUACUGACCCUUAUGGAGGUGGGAGUGAAAGUGGUGUGCACAGUGAUGCAUCUUCUCCUGUAGAAGUGCGUCGUAGGUCAGGUGACAUGGUAGAAUAUGCUAGACCGUCGUCUGCUGGCGAAGAAGAAAUACAGUUACAACUGGCCUUGGCAAUGAGUAAAGAAGAACAUGACGAAGAACUGAAGAAACAGAAAUCUGAUGAUGUGAAAUUAGCCCUGGCCUUGGAAGAAAGUCGAAAACAACAAGAUGACGAAAGAAGAAGUAAAAGUAAAACAACAGGACAGCCAGGUGGAUUGCUAACAUUGGACUCGCCCAAGCAACUGACAACAGAUCCCUGGGGUGCUCCUAUUCCAGCUCCUGUAGCCAAUACAGACCCAUGGGGAGCCCCAGUACAAGCUCCAGCACCUCCAACUGCUGACCCAUGGCAAUCUCCUGCUAGAACAGUGUCACCAGCACAACAACAAGUGUCAGCAGACCCAUGGGGAGCCCCAUUGGCAAUGCCACAGGCUCCACCUCCUUACAGUAGUGUAGCAGCUUCAGAUCCAUGGAUAACACCAGCAGCAUCUGCUGCAGUUCAGUCACAACCUCCUAGACAGAAAUCCCCCUGGGAUGCCUCACCCACAAUGGAAAAUAACACAGGCUUUGAUAAUGGGUUUGGCAUGGGAGCAAGUGCAGCUACAACAAAUGGACAGAAAGAAGACGAUGGAUUUGAUUUAUUGAGUUCCAGAAGUACCGGAAACUCUCCCGCUAAAGUUCCUAUUAGUCAUGGAGGUUUAGAUGGAUUUGAUCCACUUGGAGGUGAGAAAAAAGACCUCUGGAUGCUGGAUGGUAUGCAAGACACAUUGCCCACACUUCAACAGCAAGAACAGCAGAAACAUCGGAAAACACCACAAGAAUUUUUAGGAGACAAUGCUAAUUUAGUUAAUUUAGAUCAACUGGUUACCACAAGUACUAAACAAGCAACUCUGAAUCCAUUUGAAGCUCCUGCUACAUCAAAUCCUUUUGCUGCACAGAUGAGUAAUCAGCCUGCACGUAUGACAUUGAGUCAAUUACAGAGUAAUACACAACAAGGAUUUUCACAAUCGGCUUCAUCUGGACUUCUGCCGGCACCAUUAGCUCCACUAAAUACGACGGGACCUGCGCAACCCCAACAACAAAGUUACAACCCAUUUUUGUGAAAGUAUGAAAAAUAUAGAAAUUCUGAAAAUUUGUAUUGUUAUAUAUAUUCUAGAGAAUGGAAAGAGAAAGGAAGAGAGAAAGCUGUUUGAAAAUGAGUGUUUACUCAACAUCUAGAAGUAGCAUGUUCAUGAAGUGAUUUUAGAAAUGAACUCGGAAGAUAAAAUGUGAAAAACUACUAAUCUGUCAUAUGUACAGUUUUUAUUUUUUAAACUGCUUGUACAUCAGUUCUUAUGAUUAAGGGCUGUACCAUUAAAUGCACACGAGACCCAGGGAAGGCACUUCAAUAUUUUAACUAAUUGUGGGUGUCAAAAUACUUUUUAUUUUGAGAAGAUGGUAAUUGAAGUUCUCAAUUUUGGUGUCAUAGUGCAUGCCCUGGUACCAUGUAUGUUAAAAUGGAACAGUCUUUAGAAAUGUUAAAAGGUGGUUUUUUUUCACCUAUGUCUUUAAAUAUUUUGAAACAUAUAAAAGAAUAUAACAGAAUACGACAAUACUGUUCAUCAUCCAUUAAAAAUGUCACUCAUAAUAAAUUCAUAUGUCAAAAACAUUGACCAAUUUCCUUGUUUUUUUAAGUUGUUUGCUUGGGAAUGGGGAAAUAACAAAUCUGAUGAUGUCUUUAUAUGCAUAUGUUUCAUUGUUCCAGUUUUAUGCAUCAAUAUUUUUUUUAAUGUUUAAGAAUGUUGUUUGUAUUUCAUAUGUUCAUGCUACUGUAGAUAUUGUUUGAAGUUGAAGAUGUGAUAGAUAGCUAGUAUUUUUAAAAAUGAUAUUCUGAAGGGGCUCUAACUUUUUAUUUGAUAAUUGAUAAUAUCCUUUUUCUGCAUCACAUACAUACAUGCAGUGGAGCUACUUAAGUAAAUGAAUUUGAAUAUUUGAAUAAGAAUGGCAUGACAAUUAAGAUCUUUAUGGUUUUAAACAUCAGCAGUGGAUUCAAGACUGUCUACUCUUGUUACCAUUUUGGACAUUUUACGUAGUCAUUCAUGUAACAAUACAUUGUAAACUAGACAUUUUUAAAUAAUUGUAUACCUUGAAUAAUUUGCAAGAAAUGGAAUGUAGGAUCUUUUACUAAUUUUUCAGCUGAUGACACAAUCGUUAGUUUUUAAAGACGGAAGUUUUUUUUUUUUUUACAGUUACCAAUUCAGUAUGAUAUAUAAAAUAAACAAAUUGUGCCUUUAGUGUGUUUAUUUUUUCUGUAGAUUUUUUAAUUCUUUUUACCACAUUUUAGGCUGGCUAUGAAAGCAAAAGAUACAUACUAUAGAUUGGAAUAGAAAAAAAGCUUAGCUUGAAUUAAAAAUAAAGAGGGAUAGUAAUUAUGAUAGGUUUGAGAUUUUACAGAAAAAGUCUAACUAUAAGAAUGAAUCUAAAGAUAAGCUUAAAGAUUUAAAAAUAUUUUUAUUGUUAGAUUACAGUACUUUCAUUCUAAACCUUCAUUGUUCAAACUUUUGAUUGAAAUAUUGUUGGCAAAUUUUCUAGUAUUGUAUGAUGACAUGUUGGAAAUGAUCUUUUAUUUUAUGAACAAUUUGACAUUCCAGAUCAUUUCCAUAUCUGUCUCAUAUUUACGGAAAAAUAACGGAAAAAGGGCUGUUAAGUUGUUAAUUUUUUUAGAUUUAAAAUUUAGCAAUUAACAGCACUAAAUUUUUUAUGGUUAGCAAACUUUUCUGAAACUCAUGCUAAUUUCACAAAAUAAUCGCACAAGAAAAUAACACAGAAGUCUUGACCAUUUCUAUGAACUUGACUGUUAUGUGUCGUAAAUGUUUUUGUGAAAACACCACAGACCUUCAGUAUUAAAGAUAAAAUUUAGGCAAAUUGAUAUUUAAGUGAUUUCAAUUUGAUAACAUAAUUAACAAAUAUAAAUCCUUAGCAACAAAUUGCCACUUGACAAUAGUCUUAUACUUCAUUGUCCCUGAAUUAUACCUGCUCAAAAACUCUUAAUGGUUUGUUUUUAAUAUUUUAUCUCUUAGCCUUAAUUGACAACACUUGCUUUAGAUUUGAAAUGUAUGUCUAUUUUAUUAAUACUUAUGUGUUUUUAAGUAUAGAGAUAUUGUAAAGCACUGUUUGAUUUUUAUUUUUUGAAUACACGUAUGCAGUGUAGAAAUGUUGUAAUGUAAAGUAUUGGAUAAAUUGAGCUAUGCAAACAUGUGCAUUUUUAUGCGUAAUGGAAAUUGUAAAUGUUGGUAAACUGCUUUCUGUUUGUCCCUUUCAAUCAAAAGCUGUUAAAUGUGUGUAUAUAUUAAUUAUUAAAAAAAGAUUUAUUAACAGUCUUUCUCUUGCUUGCUGAGAAUGUUCUUAAAAAAAUUGGUUUAUUGAUACAGAGAAUAUGUUUUAAGCAAUUUUAUUUUGUAUUUAAUUUGUUUGCCCAAAAGAUAUAAAUUUUGUCAUCAAUUUGUUUUUUAAUGCAGUUGUGUUUUCUUAUGCUUAUGAACUAUUUAAAAUUACUAGUGAUCCAUUUCUCAAAAAAAAAAUUACAAGAAAAAUACCCAUUCAUUGUAACAUAGUUGAAUUUAAUUGUAGGAUUUUUUGUGAAAAGAGAUGCACAGUAUCUUUCAUUCUAAGAAAAGAUAAAAACUUCUGUUAAAAUAACUCUAUAAAAAGAACUCUGCAUAAAUUGGACAAAUGUCAAAUGAAAAACCAGUGUUAAGUAAAGUCUUGUAUCAGGAUAAUCACUGUAUAUUCAUUUUAAUUAAACCUGUUUAAAACAACUACCUGUCUGAUCUGCACAAAAUGUAUAGUACUAUAGGGGUUAAGUGUAAUAGACGGGUGUUAUUGUAUAUCAUGAUAUCUUUUUUAUUUGAUUUUUUCUACGAUUGAUGUAUAACCAAUCUGUGCCAAAGAAAUUCACACAUUAGGGCUAAUUUCCUAAAGCUUAUAGAGUAAAACUUUGGUGGACUGGCUUGCUUUGUUUGUUUAAAUGUAUGGAAGCUUUGUCAUUCAGAUUGACAUCUUUAUACAAUAUAUUUAGGCAUAUAUUAAACAUUUCUAUAUUAUAUCCAAAUUUGAUUGGACAUUAUCCCAAAUACUAUGAAUGGUACAAUAUUCAAAACAAGCAAGAAAGCUAACCAAAGUCUUGAUCUACAUGCAUUAGGAAAUUAGCUCUAAUACAAUGGUCUGUUUGAUAGAUUCCAGAAUUAUUUGACUUGAAAAAGCUUAAGAUUUUCACCCAUCAUGCAUUUGUAACUUUAUAACUUUAUAAAUAGCCUCAUUGUGAAGAUAGAGUAAAAUCUACCAUGAAGAUUAACAUUUUUAUUUAGAGGUCUCUAUAUCUUCAUGUAACAUUCAAGUAAUCAGAAUUUCAGAAUACUGUGGCUUUUUCCCUACAAAAAUCUUAUGAUUAAAAUUUAGUUAUAAUAAUUCAGUUAUAAAGAAAUGUUUAUUUCUCAAAAGUACAUUUUCUUGUAAGAUUUUUUUUGAAAAGAGCCACUGGAAUUUGUUUCUUGUUGUAAAUGACUUUAAGUUGGAAAGAAAACAAAAUGUGAGAAUGAAUGCCAUAUUUUUCAUCACAAGCUUUGUUCACGAUGUUAAUUACCUCGUUUGUUAUAGUUUAUUGUUUAAGUGUGUUAAUUUUUUAUAUAAUUGUGUUUUGCACAUAUUCACAUGUUGUUAUAUAUUUUCUUUUUGUAAUGUUUUCUUUGAAUGUGACUACUCUAAUGAUUUAAUCAUUGUUACAGAUGUGGGUAGUUUUAAUUAAGAUGUAAUAUAUAUGUAUGCCAUAGAAAUUUCUGACCCCAGACCAGAAUUAUUUGUGUCAUUUUCUGGUGUAACUUACUUUGAGGAAAAGAUACAAAAGGUGUUUACUAAUUUGGGAGUUUAAAACAUCUAAAAUAUGCCAAUGUAAAAAAUUACCAGGGAAAGAUAACUCCUUAAUCAUAUUUCAAUGCAUGUCUUUAUUGUCAUCACCAUAUUCCUUAAUUACAAUACGUUUAAAUGUAGCAUUGUUAGUUGACUACCUGAUAAAAAGACAUAAUAAAAAAUUACCUGAUUUUGGACUUUGACAAUGAUUCUAACAUAUUUGGUCUAUGGUGGAGUUUUUUUUAUAUAAAGUCUUCUUUUAAACUAAUUUUACAGAAGUCUUUGAAGUUAUUUAAUCAUAAAACUGUAAGUAGCUUUAGUGUAUUAAUUAGGUUCUGGAUGAGCAUUGCUAGCAAUUGAUAAUAAGUAAUCAAUCUAUCUGAAUUUUCAAUGCUAUUUUUAAACAUUUUGUAAUUUAAGAAUAUAAUGUAUCUUAUGAUUAAAUAUUAAGGUGGUACCCAACACUUCAACUAAAAUUAAUUUGGCUCGUUUUUUUUUUUUUAAAUUUUGACAAAGUAUUUACUUUGACCCUUUGACAAAAAUAUAAAAAUUUUAGAAAAUUUGAACCAACCGUUUUAUCAGAAAAAUUACACUGGUUAUAUAGCAGUUUGACAAACACUUAUUUCGAUCAUUGAGAAGCUUAACAUUGCCUUUACAACACAUGGUAAUUAAAACGUUUAGCUGAUUUUACAAUGUUAUCUCCCUGUUGUGUUAGGUACCACCUUAAAAGAUAACACAGUACCAUGUUUGUAUAUAAAGACUAGAUUAUUUAUUUAAUGUACUGUAUGCUAACACAUUUAAUCAAGACAAUAAGGGACUAACUUUCUUUAUCAUCGUCAUAGAGAAAAAAAUCACAUUUUGAUAGUAUGAUAUUUUGAGCAUAGAUCUGAGGAAUGAGAUCUGUUAAAUUGUUCAACGUUUUUGUAGAAAAAAAAACCAAAUAGUAUAGAAUUUUAGAUAUUAAAAGCUAAUUCCACAUCGAUUGGCUAACAUAAACUUACUGAGGUUUAUUGAUAGGAGACAAUCUUCAUGCAUUGUUUACUGUUUUUCUUACAUUUAUCUGAUUGUAUUUUAUUAGUAGGAAAAAAGUGUAAGAUUCAUAAUGUGAUAGUUUAUUUUUAUUGUUUAUAAUUUUCUGUGUCAAAUAUUUUUUAAUUGAAAUAGUUUCAAAAUGAUUGUACAAGAAAAAGGACUAGAAUGAUUUUAGUUAAAAAGAGAUUUGCCUAUGAAAAUACAGUGCAUUUAAAAAAAACAUUGAAAGUUAAUAUUUUAUUCAAUUUAUCAAGGUUGAAUUUUUUGUGCCUGUUUUUUGCCUGUAAUUACAUAAAAUUCUAAAAAUAUAAAUAAAGUCAAGCUAUCAAGGUCCAUAUGUAGUUAAGUUUAAGUGUUUUACCAGUUACAAUGUGAGAAUUAGAUGUUUUAACACAACUGAUAUCAAUGGACUAAUUUCUGUGAAAAAAAGAUAGUAGGAUUUUUUUUACACACAUGCUGAAGAUCAGAUUUUUAUAUAAAUUGUAUUUCUUCGAAGCCAAAAAAAAAAUUUCCACUAUCCAAUGGAAUUUGUACUUGUUCAAGUGUUAAAUUCAUGGAAUAUUAUCAUAAAUUUUGAUAAUUAACUAUUUUUAAGGUAAUUGAUUUUAUUAACCAGAGCUUAGAUAACAGAGCUCUCUCAAAAUUAUCAUUAUUUGUUCAUAAAACUCAGAGCUUUUAUAUCUUAUAUAUUAUCCUUUAGUUUCACAAAUAACAUUCACCAUAAAUCUGUUAACAGUUUCUCUUACAAUUUUUGUACCGGCUUGUAUGCACAGAAUAUAACACAAAAGGACUUUACCAUAAUCGAUAUACUGAGUCGAUCAUAAACAAUUUGCUUUCAACAAAUCCCUACUUUUAAGCAGCACCUUGAUAGAAUUAUAUUAAAUUGACCACUUUCAAGAAAACUGGUUUACACAUGAAUGGUUUCUCUUUAACUGAUUAUUUCACGUAGUGUAUACAGAUGUUGAUUACAAUAUUUUCUAAUGCUUAGCUUGACCUUUUCUAUCGCUUAGCUUGACCAUGCAAUAAUAAUAGUGAAAGUGACAUUUUUAACCUUAAGCUGAUAUCAUUUAUCUUUUAAUAUAUUAUAAAUAGCUACAGAUGUAAAUUGCUUUGUAAAAUAUGUAUGUAACAUUUGUACAUUAAUGACAUAACUAUACGAUAGUAAAUGUGAUAUUGAAAACAUUGUAAUGAACAAAAAUACAUUAUGAUUCUAAAGUAA